CACACUUCCCUGGGCGCUAGUGUGUUUGCGAGCAACGAUGGAGGAGAUAGCGGUCGGGCUUAGCGCGGAAGGAAUACAGAAGAAAGUUGUCUCCCCAGGCAGAGGAGAACUGCCAUCAUUUAUCGAUGGAACUAAGGUAAAAUUCCACUAUCGCACCAGUCUCUGCAAUGGCACUAUGCUGGAUGAUUCCCGGACAGAAGAAUGCCAGAACAAACCCAUGGAACUCAUCAUGGGGAAGAAAUUCAAACUACCUGUCUGGGAGCGUAUAGUCAUGACUAUGAGGGAGGGUGAAAUUGCAGAAUUCACCUGCGAUGUUAAGCACACAGCAUUGUACCCCCUGGUCUCUCAGUCCUUGAGGAACAUCAGGGCAGGCAAAGACCCCCUUGAGGGCCAGCGACACUGCUGUGGCAUCGCCCAGAUACACUCCCAUCACUCCACGGGCCAUCACGACCUGGACCACUUGCAGGCCGACCCCCAGCCUCUGGUCUUCACUAUAGAACUCUUACAGGUCUUGACCCCAGGCUCCUUUCAGCUGGACACCUGGGCCAUGACGGAUAAUGAGAAGUUGGAUGCAGUGCCGGGUUUCCAUGAAGAGGGCAAUGCACUCUUCAAACAGGGUGACUUGGUGGGAGCUGCCGAAAAGUAUUAUAAUGCCAUUGCCUGCCUAAAGAACCUGCAGAUGAAGGAGAGACCAGGAGAUGAGUCUUGGAUAAGACUGGACACUCAGAUCACACCGCUACUGCUCAACUACUGCCAGUGCAAGCUCGUACAAGGCCAGUACUAUGAAGUAUUGGACCACUGCUCCUCUAUCCUCUCCAAAUACGAAGACAAUGUGAAGGCCUAUUUCAAGCGCGGGAAAGCCAACGCAGCAGUAUGGAAUGAGACGGAGGCACGAGCUGAUUUUGCCAAGGUGGUGGAGCUGGAUCCCAGCCUGGGGCAGUCAGUGGCCCGUGAGCUCAGGGCCAUGGAGGAGCGCAUUCGCGAAAAGCAGAAAGAGGAAAAGGGCCGAUACAAGAAUCUGUUUGGCGUUGGUGCCACAGCCACCUCGAGCUAAAUUGUCCUUUCUGUAAGCUGUGAAUGUGGACAAGCAGCAGCAGCAGCAGCAGCGGGAAUGUGGAACCGGUGGUUUAAAAUAUAUUUUAUUCAAAGAACCUUCACACACCCCAUCUGUGCACCACACGUCCCGAUUUCACUGAACUGCAGUCACUCAUGUCCAGGAAUCAACAGAACAGGACACGAACCACCCCACAUUCAUUUUGGUCCUACUAUUGCACCGCUAGAACCUUUUGCCUCUCACGACCGAAAAAGAAUCCUGGACAGCAGUUGCCAACGGGAACAUAAUGCUGGUGGUAGGGCUUCACAGGGCCGGAUUAACAUUGCCCGGGGCCCCUAGGUUACAGGUUGUUUUGGGGGCCCCUGAAAGGCAAAUUUUCCAGGAAAAUUACAUAGACAAUGUCAUAAUUACAAGCUAGGAAUUGAGGGCAACUUGUCUACCAACUGUACUGAACACAAUAGAUACAUUUUUCAAUGUUGCAUUGGGUCAAAAUUCUGCAUUUUUCACCUCUGGCCAAUCAGGGCCCCCCUGGUAGGUGGGGGCCCCUAGGCUGCAGCCAUAUCUAGCCUGUGCGUUAAUCCGGCCCUGGGGCUCCACAUUUUAAGUGAUAAGACAAUCAGUGCGACCAGGAAGAUUGAAUACUAUUAUUCUGCUCUGGACUACAGCUCACAUCCUUCUGCUAAUAUUUACCCUCAUCAUCAGCACUUCAUGUUAUUCAUUUAUGCCUAUUUUUGUCAUAUUUAUGCUCUUUUAAGUACUAUGAAUUCACAAGCUGUUAUGUUAUCCUCUGUAUUCACUGUAAUCUUUGCGUUUGACAUUAAGUCAACUUUUGAGUGGCGUUGAAUGGAAGGACAGGGAUGCAUUCCUUGCAACCAGUUCUAGCAACCAUCCAUGUAGUUUUUUUUUUUUUUUUUUUUAAGUUCCAGGACUUGUGUUGUAAAGUAAGCUUUACCAUUGGCCAAGUACAGUGCACCAUACUUCAGUUUUAUGUUCAAGUUUUUUUUAAAUCAUAAUAACAAUUGUCAUAUUGCCUCCAAAAUAUGCUUUUAAAAUAAGGUUUCUGGAGAACCAGUGAAGCGUUUUCUUGUCAUUUGUAACUGAGAUCAAAUAAAGAGUUCUCAUACAGUUUGA